AUGGAGCUCGCGCAGGUCGUACAUGCGCUGCAGCAGGCGGCGACUGUGCCGCUGGCGGUGGAGGUGCUGCUCCAGUACAACAACCCUCUCUCUGAAAAGGAGGCAACACAGCUACGUGAGUUUUGGCACCUGCAGCGAGAACAGCUUGAGGGAGGCCUGAAGGUCGAUGAGCCUUCCGAAGAGAUCGUAGCACUGUCACACUGCCCUGGCAAAGGCUUCCACCCGCUCCAGGUAGUGCAAUGUGUAUUGGGCGCGUCGCGGCUUCCCUGCGUACAGCCGAAUCAGCAACGCCGCCUGCGCAAAGAGGUACUGCCGCAGGUCGCUGCGACGACGCCGCUGUCGUUUGAGGAGUGGUGUACCGCCGUACAGGUGGCGUCCCACACAUGCCUCCAGUACUUCGGCAGCUCGCGCGCGACGCUGCUGUGCGUGGAGGAGGUAUUGCGUCUGGCGGCCCCGGUGCUGCUGCACGCACCCCCGCCACUGCUCGCAGCCUCAGCGCAGCAAAGACCUCGCAAGGACACAGCCGCUCCACGACUGAAGGAGUACACGGACGACGAGGGUCUGCUGCUCUUCCUGAAGGCUCUCGCAGCUCUCGUGCAGCGCUACGCCGCCCUCCACGCGAAGAGAAAAAAGCACACGCUGAAGCAGCACCCCACCAAAGAUGAAGUCUUCUUCACAUACGCCCCCAUUCGCCAUCUGCGGCAGCUUAUGCAGAAGAACGCGAGUCGUAACAUGAACGCAGUGAGCAAAGCAGUCAAGUCCCUUGCACCUGCAGAGGUGAUCGCCCUCACGCCCGUCUUCCAAGGUGAGGCAAUGCAGCUCUCGCUCACUAAGGAUCAGCUCAGCUCCGCGGUCAAGACACAGCCCCUCGUCGCUUAUCAAGUCCUCGGUGCGCGGCAUCCCGUGGCUGGCACGCUGGUGCUAGAAAACCCUGAUACAACAUUGCAGUUCGUGCUGUACAUGAUGGGUCUGACGAGCACCUCACGCGACGCCUUCUUGGACUACGUUGCACUGCUCGCCGCCGCACCAACGGCGGACGUCGCCGCGUACAUGAGAGCGAAGGGGAAGGACGCUCUCACCCAGUGGAUAAUCCCCUUCACGGUGAACGCUGACGCACUGAUGCCCGUUGUGGAGUGCAUCAGCCCCAUCUACGCCCAGCUGAUCCAGCAGCUCUACGCCGUGACACCAGAGAUACUGGCUGUGCUGCAGCAGACGAUUGUGUAUGCCGUUGGCACCCGCUGUCGCACUCCACGUGAGAAAGAGGUGGCAAUGCGACUACUGUGCGACAUGCUGGAGGCGCUGCCUAGCGAAGUGCGCGCGCAGCUGGAGCCAACGGCUGACAUUUUGUCGACGCUGAGCAGGGAGGUGGCUAUGCCGGCGGUGGAGUCGGCCACUCAGGCCUUCCGACUCACCUCGGUGCUGCAGCUGGAGGCGUCGGUGGAGGACGGGCUGAUGAACGCGCUGAAGAACAGCCGCAAGGAGGUGACAAUUCGCCGCGCCAUGCUUGUCCACCUCGACGCGCAGCGUACACCGGCCGCGGUGGUGGAUGGUCUGCUCACGGAGCUGAUGAGGGACUGCGAAGAGGUGGUGGUGCUGCGUCCCGACGCGUACCUCGCCCUCCCCUUCGCCCUGGUGCGUGGCGAUGUGGCCACGGUUGUGAAGGUGCGCCCGCUGCUGAGCACUGCCGAGGUGCUGCGCCAGCUGGACGGUAACGUGUACGAGCAGGCUCGCGUCGCGCAGGUGGCAGUGGAACUGGCGAACAGCGGCUACGGUGUCCCGUUAGUGCAGCUGCUGACGAGCCACCAUGGACUGGUGCGCCGCCCGCUGCUGGCGUACGUCCAAUCCAUCGCCUCCGAUGCGUCACGCGUGAUGUCGCUGUGGGGCUGUCUAACGCAGCAUGUCUUUGGGCUCGAGUCGGCGACCUCUCCCCCCACGAUUGUUGGCACGACGGCCGCGCCGGCGCUCGUCGCGAUAGGCACAGCGCUGCUGCGGCACACAUCUCGACUCUCCCUUUCCUCGGCUCUCAGCGAGCUUCUCCUGUGUGCUGGUCACGAUAACGUGCAAGGCGCCGACCCGCACUUCUACAAGGCCUCCAGCUGCCUGCUGCGCCGGUACCGCCGCGCCAGCCUUGCCGUGCUCGAGCGCCCGCUGCGCCAAACGCUCGCCUGCGGUGAGGGCCAGGAGCGUUUGCUCUCCCAGCAGGUAAAGGGCAUUGUGUGGCAUCUCAUCGAGGCAAUAAAUAAGGAUGCGGAGCACCUGUCCAUUGCCGCAUGCCGUGCGGUGGUGCUGCUGCUCACGCAGACAAACGCCGCAGCCUCGCGCGACGCCCUCGACGCCAUCGCAGAGGCGGUGCAGGCGUCGAAGGCGUGGUUCAUGGCUCUCUCCGCCGAGGAUGUGGCGAUCGCCGCCGAGGACAUCAAUUUUAUGGACGCCUACGAGAAUAGCACGCUACGCGAGCAGCAGCUACUGAAGGUCUACCCAGACCGCCCGCCCAAGGGGAUAUCCGGGGACGACUUCAUCGACAUGAAGAAGAGGGACGCGGUAGCGCUGGCAAAGGGGCGUGAGGCGCUGCGUGCCGCCGUAGAGAAGCGCAGCCGUGCCAUCAUGCCCGCAGUCCACCAGCACAAGUCCAUCUACUUUGCCCUUCGCCUGCUCGGCACGCACGGUCGUUUCGACUUGGCGGCACUUCCUAUCCUGUACGCCCCGCUACAGGCGACCGUGACAGAACUGCAGCUGCAGGGCAAGGCAGAGCACGUGCUGACGGUGCUAGCGACAGACGCACUGACAGGCUUGCUCGCCCACACACCCUUCGGGUGUAUGGCGGAGAACAUGGUGCGCACCAUUGCCCGCCUCACACCGCUCAAAACGCUCGCAGUGGAGGAUGUCAGCCAGGUGUCGGCGAUGGUGCAUGCGCUGCGCCAGUCCCUCACUCAGAUGCUGCCGGCACCGCUGUUCGUCGUUCUGACGGCCUUCGCGCGCGUCGCAUUCAAGGCUGGCCGCGGCGCCAACGCCGUCUCGACGACGAUCCCAGUGGCCACACAGCACCAGAUGCUUGGGAUGCUCAUGCAAAACCUCGGCCAGGUGAACCUGCCUGACCCAACAGCGGCGAUGGAGUUACUAAUGAGUAUCCUGCAGAACUUCCCGUCCCUGUACAAGAGUGUGCAACAGGGCUUUUACACGCUCAUGCCGAUGGUUCCUGGCGAGCGACUUGCGGCAGUGGAGGCGGGGCUGUUCAAUUCAGUCGACUCCGUCCGAAAUGUGACAGCGGCAGCCUUCAGUCGCUUUGCCCACUUCGAGACGUGUCGGCGCGCGCUCGUGCUGGCCGCGACCCUCGCAAACGAUCCGGUUCGCACCGUCGCAAGCCAGCUGCGGAAGAUAACGGAAAAUGCCGUGGAGAAGUACGACUUCGUACUGCAGCCUUCCGACUGGGAUGACCUCGUGUACUUCCUGCGCACGUACGGCCACCACAGUGAGGCAAGCGCGCUUCGGGCGACGGAAACAAUGCACCACCUCUUCGCGCGUCUCCCGACAACCGACGAGGGGACACAGCUGAAGUGGGUGGAGGAGCUGAAGGAUCUUGGCGGGUCGCCGUCCGUGAUUUCGCUAGAGGGCCUCUCCUCUACCUACCUGGGUCGUGUGCCUGCCGUGGUGAUGGACUACCUCUGCCAGGUACUCGAGAGCCCGCAGACGGGCGAGGCGUUACUCCGGCAGACCCUUAAGGCCGGCCGCACCGUGCUCGAGGCGGCUGACCUGGCGCUGCUGAAGAGCAUCUCACCGCAGCUGCAGGUGCGUCUGGCAAAGCCGCCAAAGGAUGUGACGCAGGCGCACAAGGAACAGUACCUGGCCACCGCCACGGUGUGGCUCGCCGUCAUGAGCUGCCGCCUGCAGGAGACAGCGCUGCUAGAAGCCAUCAUUGAUCAGCAGAGCCGCACCCUGAACAACUCGCAAUCCGCCAUGGUGCACCGCUGUGUGUGCGAAUCGAUGGCGGACAUUAGCCGCCACGAGCGCAUUCGUAACUCGCCGAAGCUCGACGAGUUUGUGGGAAAGUGCCUCAAGCAGGCGAUUCACUCCGGCUCCUACAUCAAGAAGAAGGCGCAUGCGUGGGGCCUCGUUGGUGUCAUCAAAGGCUCAGGUCUGACGUCGCUGCGCCGCUACAACGUCAUGGACAUUCUGCGCAAGUCAGCCCGAGAAAAGCCUGUGGAGCGCUUGGGCGUGAUGGUGCUGUUGGAGGUGCUGUGCAGCGAGAUGUCCCCCCUCUUCGAGCCGUACGCGCUGUCGAUGGCGACAGAGCUGCUGGAAGCCGUCGCGGACGCCGACCCGAACAUCUCCGAGUGCGCCGAUGACGCAGCCAAGGAGUUGAUGGCGAAGCUGUCCGGCGUAGGCCUCCGCCAGCUGAUCCCACGACUGGUGGAAGGGCUCGCCUCGGACUCCGCAAAGAAACGCGUGCCGCCGCUGAACUUCAUUGGCUACGUCGCGUUCUGCUCCCCCAAGCAGCUCGCCGCCGCGCUUCCGGAGAUCAUGAAGCACAUUCGAGGUUGCCUGUUUGACGUGAACAACGCCGUCGCCGUGGCGGCCUCGAACGCGCUGCGGCGCGUCGCGGGUGUCGUCUCGAACCCGGAGAUUCAGGCGCACGUGGAGCUCAUCCUGAACGCGAUGCGCUCACCCAGCACGGAAACUGAGUCGGCGCUUGACGCGCUGCUCUACACGCGUUUCGUCAACGUUGUCGACCCCGCCUCGCUGGCCCUCAUCAUUCCGGUGCUCUCGCGCGGUCUUGGCGGGCAGGUGGCGCGCACGCGCCCCAAGGCGGCGCAGAUUGUGGCGGCCAUGGUCAACCUCGUGAGCGACCCGCGCGCGCUGCUGCCCUACACGGAGGAACUCGUGCGGCUUCUAGAGGAAGCCUCGCAGGAACCGUCAACGGAGGCGCGCACGACAGCGGCCAAGGCGGCUGCCGCGCUCGCCGCCGCCAUCGGCGGCAACCUCAUUGACGACAUCUGCGAGUGGGCCUUUGGCGUACUGCAGCGCGUUCAGUCUGGCACCAUUGAAAAGGCCGGUGCGGCGCAGGUGUUUGUGGAGGUGGUGACCGCGUGUGGGGCGGAGCUGCUGAAGCUGUACUUCCCGAAGAUCCAGACCGGCAUGACGGACGAGCGGCCGCCCGUGCGAGAGGGCUUCCUCUACAUUAUGGUAUACGCCCCCUCCACGCUUCGGGCGGAGACCUUCCAAGACUUCUUGCCUGUUUCACUGCCGUGGGUGCUCGAGGGCCUCUCGCACUUUUCGGACCGCGUGCGCGACGUUGCGCUGGCAGCGGGCGACAGCAUCGUCUCCCUCUACGGCACGCGCAACUUGGCGCUCGUUCUGGGCCCGCUGCUGGAUGGUGUGAGCAGCGAGGUGACAACACUGCGGCAGAGCUCGCUGCAGCUCUCCGCAAAGCUCAUGCUGCAUCUCGUGGCGUACGUUAGAAAGAAGAUGCGCAUACAGACGGCCAUGGCCGACGCAGAUGAAGAGACGCGCGCCGAGCUGGCGAGCACGAUCGACGCCACGACAGGUGGCAACGCGAGUGGCGUCGCUGCAGCGGCCGGCGAAGGCGGCGAGGACGGUGUCAUUCUCACUAUGGAAGCGGCGCGCGACGUGGAGAAACGCGGUGUGUCGAUCCUGGCCUCCCUCGAGGAGAUGCUCGGCACAGACAACCUCGCGCGCAUGCUCUCGGCCCUCUUCUGUGGCCGCCACGAGCACAGCGUGAACGUGCGCACCGAUGCGAACAUGGCGUGGCAGGCGUGCGUGGCCAGCAUCCGUGCCGCCGUCAACAAGAUCUUCAACAGUCUGGUACUGCUGCUUGUGCGCUUCGCGUCGUCUGAGAACCUGGACUGCGUGGAAGUGGCGGAGAAAACAAUCGAGUUCACGACACGCAUAAACGAGACUAUUGAGCGCUUUGUGGACACGCUCUGCAGCAUGUACAAGACGGACAACCACCGUGUGAAGCUUGGCUCACUCGUGUGCCUGGGCACCGUCAUCCAGUUUUCCGACCCGCGGAAGCUAGUCAGCAUGAGUGGUCAUAUCGUGGGGUGCGUGCUGCCGGGCAUGCAGGAACACGGCGCUGUGCAGGAGGCAGCACGAGAGGUGUUUGCGCGUGUGUCGAAGGUGCUGGGACCGCGCCUCAUCGAGAGCGCUGUGGAGGCGCAGCUCACGACGAGCGUUCGGGGCGUGGUGGAAGUGGUGAAGGUGAAGCCGGGGUUGGCACUGGCGCUGGUCUUCAAGCACCUGAACUCCCUCGAUAAGCACACAAACCAGAAUGUCGAGCUGCUCGACGCGAUCCUCGACGUCGAGGAGGCUGAAGAAGAUAUCCGCCGCUACCACGACGACAUGGUGCGCCUGCUGCUCCAGUUUUGCGUGGAGGCACUGGACGAUGCACAGGAGCUCAUGACCAAGUAUGUGAAGCUCGCCCCACGUGAGUUCGAGGCGAUACCGGUCGAAGCCUUUACGAAGGCAAUGAACGUCCCGGCGAGACGCCAUGGCGCGCUGAUGGCAGCCACGGCGUACGGCCUUGGCGCAGACCUCGACAAUGUCGACGGCAUCACCUCCGUCUUCCGUGCCCUCGUCGACGCCCUCGGCGACGAAAUCGUGGACACGCGCCGCCUUGCCGUUCGGGCGAUACCAGAGCUGCUCAACUCCCUCGAGGAACGUGUGCUGGACACACUCGAGGACGAGGAGCGUGUGGACAUCAUGACAAGCAAGCGCGCGGCAGCCCGUUACCUGCUGCAGUUCCUCAACCCGUUUCAGAUCACGCUGGCGGUCACGGCGCGUGCGUUCAUCAGCAGCAGCACCCCAGAGUUCACUGUGCUAAGCGAGGGCGAGCCACGUCUCUUCGACGUCCUCAUGAGCUUCUACAACCGUGGCCUCGAUUACGGCACCCCGCAGCAGAAGGUCGAGGCAGUGGAGUGCAUCCAGGACCUCAUGUCCUUCGCCCCGCGCGCGAUCAGCGCAGCAGCAGCCAACACAGUCGCUGGUCGCUGCUCCAAGGUGCUGUUCACGCGCAACGAAGGAUUUGUGGUGCUUGCGCUGGUGCGCCUGUGCCUGCAACUCAUGAACUAUCCGAUCAGUGGCAAGGAGAAGAUGGUGGAGGGCACGAUGGCGCUCGCCAUGUUCAACGCCGCCCUGUGCGACUCGGGAGAGGCGCGUGUGCUGGCGCUGCACGUUACGAUUCAGCUCCUGAUGCGCUCGGAGAAGUACGCCGACCUCAUCCUCGGUACAGUGGUGACAAAGAAGACAGCGGUUGACUCAACGCUGCUGCGCACUGUGAUGUGCCGCUUCAUCAGCGUGGUGCUGCGCUACUCCAAGUUCACGAAGAAGUUUCCGCAUAUUCUGAAACUGUUGGACGUGGUACGUCCCAUGUGGGAGGCACCGGAGUCUCCUGCGCUCGCGGCGGCCGCCGGUGUGGCCGUGGGUACCCUAUGCAUGUCCGAGAGCAUACCUGAGGAGGUUGUCGGCGACAUCAAGGAGCGUGCGCUGUCCUGCACAAUUACCAAGGGGACGCAGGUGCUGGCUGGCUACGCCCUCGUCUACUCCCUCGUCAAGUGCGCGCCACAGCGCACGGAUCAGGCCUUUCUCUCCGCGUCUGCCGAGCACCUGCGCUCGGCCGCAGGCUUCGGCACCGCUGACAAGCUCACGUCCUUGUGGAUGCUCCGUGCGGCGGCGGCAGUGGCGAGCACCGGCUGUGUACCGGCGGCCACCUUCAAGGUUGAGGCCUUUGUGCCUGUGCUGCGUCGUGUGAACCAGGCGGACGAACAGCUGAUGAGCAGUGCACAGUACUUCCGCGAGUGCGUGACGACAGCGUACCCGGCGGUGGCGAGCGCGUUGGAGGGAACACCGGGCGAGUGCAGCACGCAGUGGAACUCGAUUGGCGCCUUUGAUGCCGAUCUCGAUGACGAGGUAGAGGCCGAUGUGACGCUGUAG